CUUUCCAGUAAAGAGUGGGCUGCGUUUCCGCUUUUCAACUUAUAAGUGCUACGUAAAUUCUCAUAAGGGAAGUUAGUUGUCACAUCGAGCAUACUACCAUCAAAAUAUUGGCUAAAGACUUUCUGGUUUUGAUUCUGAUUAAGGAUUCCACAGUUUGUCUGACGGAUCAUUACUUCAGAAAAGAUGAUUUGUGAAGCACAUUUGCCUAGUUUCAUUUUGACAUUUGGACUUUUAAUUCUGUCAUUUUCCAGGGCAGAUACUGAAGAGUCAUCAGGUGAAGAGAAUGGCAUAUUUAAUGACUGUGAGGACAGGCAUUGUGCAGACAUUUAUAUUAGGAAGUCUGAUGGGAUUAUGGAUUUUCACUUUAAACACUCAUUCAAAGACACGGACAAUCGGACAAAUCUUUACUUAAAACUUCCUCCCAGCCUCCAUUAUUUCAACUUUGACAACAUCACCUGUAUCCUGAACGUGAGAGAUCAACUCAACUGUUCUUGGAAUAUAACUGGUCUCCCUAAAAAUGCACAGUACUCGGCUUACGUAGUCCAAGACAAUUCAACCCAUCAAUUGAAUUGUUUUCAUAUUGUGGCAAAUGAGGCUGUAGAAUGCCAUGGUCAUUUUGCUUUAGAAUGUAUGGUUGUUAAAGUAAAUGUUUCAACACCAACUCACUGGUACAUUGUUUGGAAAGAGAUUUUAAAAGAAAAUAUAGUAAAGCUUGACCCCCCAAAUAACAUCAACAUUUCAAACCGGUCAAAUGAGUUGGAAAUAAAUUGGACACUUCCUGUGGGUGAAAAUCUUUCUGAAAAUACUAUAUGUUAUAUGUAUGAGUUGCAGAUCAACGAUGAGGUGGUUCCUUUGUCAAAAGGACAGUUGUCAUAUAUUAAGAAAGAUAUAGACCUGACAAGAAAGUAUGCUAUUAAGAUGAGAGUGAUUCAAACUACGGUGUGCUCUGGUACCAUUUAUUGGAGUGACUGGAGCAAUGUGCAGGAGGUUGGUCCAUUUGAAAAGGUGUACAAUGUAAAUCCAUGGGUGAUAAUAGCAUUUGUCCUUCCUAUGCUCCUUUUGUCUUUCCUGUUGAUCUGCAAGUGUCAAAGGCUCACAGAAAAGCUUUUUCCUCCCAUCCCAAGCCCAUCUGUAAAUGUGAAUAAACUUCUUGAGAAAGACGACUUCUGCCAGCAUGUUACACACAGUUGUAUGGGGUAUGACAAAGUCACCACAGUGUAUGGAAUUGAGGAAAGGAAUGGUUAGAUCAUAACAUAAAGAUCUUAAAAUAAUCUCAGUAUAUAGAUUUGUAAAUACAUGAAAAGGAUUUGGGAAGACUCUGGAAUCCUAUAUUCAUUGGCUACCUUUACAUGGACUCCAGCUGUCUUUUAUUGUACAACAAAAGUUUUAUUGAUGAUUGGAUGACUUCCAAACAGAAGGCUGGUUCCUUCAUUUAAGCCAUGUUUUUGACCCUGUGCAUAGACAUAACUUGUCAUCUGUUUGCUGCACAUGCACACUUUGGUCAGAGUGGAAAUGUGAUUUAAGCAUAUAAAGUACAUACGGUACCUGUAAAGCGCAAUUAAAACUGCAGUAUGCCACAUACAGUAUUUUACUGUGAUUGUUACUCUAUGAGUUAUUAUGAGCAUAAUAACAUAACAAGAUUUUGUUUACAUAUGCUCUAACUCCAUACAGUACUUGCUUAAUCACAUUAAAAGGGUGCAUGUAAAAGUAGCCACUAAGGAAAAUAAAAAUAAAAAAUAGCUGAACUUAAAAUGUUCUUUGGUGAUUUUUUAUGAACAUAAUGUGUACAUGGGUAUAUAAAUGUGAGAAAUCCAGAGCUAGAGGUCAAACAAUUCUUAUGUGGUUUUGUAGCUAAUUAACAUUCGAUUCAUGUCAUAACAUUCACAGUUGAAUAAUUUUACCUGUAUGUUUAAACUCAAAUCCAGUCUGCUUCUAAAUGUAUUAUACUUAACUGAUCUCUGCCUGCAUCACCACGGUCCAAUGAUGGACUACACUUUUGAAAUGGAAUACAUAGAAUAUCAGUUAAUUGCCAACAAAUCCCUUCAACAGCCAACUAACAAGGACAAUUGUAUCUGUGAACUCCUCCAUUUAAUCCAGGAUGACAUUUACAUUUAUGCAUUUGGCAGACGCUUUUAUCCAAAGCGACUUACAGUGCACUUAUUACAGGGACAAUCCCCCCCAGAGCAACCUGGAGUUAAGUGUCUUACUCAAGGACACAAUGGUGGUGACUGGGGAUUGAACCAACAACCUUCUGAUUACCAGUUUACCAGUUAUGUGCUUUAGACCACUACACCACCACCACUCCAUUAAUCUUACACUGGCCCUUAACACUUAGUUUAAUAAUUUUAAACCAUAACUUGCACAAUAUAUAAGUAAUAUUGGUAUUAUAUUCAUGAUGUUAGCCAGACAUUAUAGAUAAUAGAUUAAUUUUCUGUUAAUGCAAGAUCUUCUGUAAAGCUGCUUUGAAACUAUGUGUGUUGUGAAAGGCAUUAUACAAAUAAAAAUGACUUGAUCAUUAGA